AUGUUCGCCAGAGAGGAGUACCGGGGACCGCUCGGGGACGCCUGCCUCGUCCUCACCACCGACCCCAAGCCCCGGCUCCGCUGGACGACCGAGCUCCAUGAGCGCUUCGUCGAUGCCGUCAACCAGCUGGGUGGCCCGGACAGUGAGCUCGUCAAUCUCCAUCCACAAUUUCCUCACCAACUGUGCCCCUCCUUUCAGAAUCUCUUUGGUCGGAUUUGAGAUGCAUAUAAUCCAUGCCAGGAAAAGGAAUUUCUCCACCUCAUUCGUGAGCAUUAACUUAUAAAUCCACUGUUUAUAUGUGGAAAAUCACUAAUGAUUAUAAUCCACUGUUGAUUUUGUCUCAAGUUAUCAGUAGAUGUCUCAGCGGCUAGACCAGGAUCCCUCCUGUUCUCCUGAGCUUGCAUGAUCUCCGUUAUUUCUUCUUGAGUCACAUCAUCUCUUCUUCUCCUGCCUUGGUGAUACAAUCUAGUUGGACGAGUGAGUUCACUAUAUGAUACUCUCAUUCAAGAUCACUGUAAGAUACAAUCAUGGGCUGUUUGGGGAGUAUGAUGAACGAUCUGCUGCUUGCUUCACUUUAUAGAUCUGGCAUAAUGGCAGAUCUAUAAACUUUCUAUUUCUUAUGGAGAAACGCUUACGGAUUUUUUUUAUUUUGAAACAUGAACACACAAAAUAGAACGGAGUCAGCAGAUUUUUGGGUUAGAAGAGGCCUAUAAAUGUAUCACCAGUAAUCUUCACAGAAUUGGAUGAACCAACUCGGAUAGGCUGGUUCUAGUCCAAAGAAGCGAGCCGCUUUGCCCAGACAGGCAUCCCAACAUUUGAAUCCCUGAUGAUCUAGGAUCAGAUAAUCUGGCUGCCCAAUCCGAUCCUGCAUACCCUAUUUGUACAAUCCUAGUUUUCUCGAUAAAAAGAUUAUUCUAAUAAUGCAUUAAGUAAAUCUAAAAGAUUUUUACAGUUUCUAGCACUAGGAUAGAAUGAUACAUUUUCUCUCAUGAAUGCUAAAAAUGUCAACAAGGUCUGUGAAAUAUAUUGAGUGCCUUAUAUGAGAAAUUUUCUCCAACGGGACAUAAAUCCAUGUUUCAUGAAUAAAUAGUUCAACAUCUUUGCAGUUCAACAUGUCUUACGGUGCAAUUUUUUUUUGCUUUGUUCUUUUAUUGAUCUUGCAGAAGCAACACCAAAGACAAUAAUGCGAACCAUGGCUGUCAAGGGCCUCACCCUUUAUCACCUGAAAAGUCAUCUUCAGGUCUUCAUUGUUUCUGUGGCUCUAUUUAUGUGUAAAAAUUUGCAUAUAUUUUAUGUGCUCUGUUACUCUUCAAAAUCUCAGAUUAAUAUAUAUUAAAACUUAUUUUGGCUGUAUUGUGAAUCUUGGCUCAAAUUAACAGCUAUUUUUCCCAAUUCAUAAUCUUGCAGAAAUACAGAUUGGGAACAAAAUCCAAAGAGGUCUCUGACAGCCCUAAAGAUGGUAUAUUCUUCUCCCUUUUCAUUUGUUAAAUCGCAUCCAAAUCCAUUUCAUUGUUUGCUGGAGAGCGAUAUUGUACGCAUCAAACCGAUGAAACAUUUUUGCUAAUAAAUAAAUAAAUAUAUAUGUCAAGUUCUUGAUAUUCUCAAGAAGGUGAUACAGUACAGGUGUGCAUGAAUAUAGUCCAUUUUAUUAGAUAGACCGUUAAAAAGGCAAUUAUCUUUUUUUACCAAAAAUUUAAAAAAAAAACACAAAUCUGAGUCCCAUGUACACCUCUUUCCUUUCCCAGCUUAGCUUUUACAGAACUUUAGCAGGCCAAUUGAAUCCGUUUCUUGUUUGCUAAUGAUCUCUAUAUCUCAUUCUAAGUUAUUUAUUUUUUCUCAUUAAUGUAUUUCUUAGUGCUUCAUCUAUAUGCUUUAUAAUGACUUGACAUUUGCAUUAGAUGCCAACUCUUUCUAUUGAUCCUCAUUGUCACUAUUCAUGUCUCAGAGAUCCCUUUUCCUCCAACUGUGCCCCGGAUAUAACUUUCUCCGUGCCUCACUAGGGCAGUCAUCUUUUGCAGCUGCUAUGUCAUUUAUAGAUUAAAUACGGAUUCUCUGUCUUCUAGUUUGAUCAGAUCCUACCACUUUGUUCCAAAAGCUAAUGCUUGGCAAUGUUGGAGUGAUAAUAAGCCCCUCUAUUUAGUCAGGGCUUCAUGUAUGUGUGGAUGGGUGGGGGAUCUGAUGGAAUAACUGCUGGUUUGUUUAUAAAGGUAGAUUAUUUAUUAUUAUUAAAUUAUAUAUAUUAUAAUAUAAAUAGUAUGAUGAUAAUACUAAAUUUAUGGCUAUCUAGUAUAUAGUAUUAAAGAAGUAAAUAAAGAAUAUAAUUAAUAAAUAUUGAAAUUUUCUAUUGAAAAAACAAGAACUGUUUUUAUUUUUCUAUUAACCAUCCAUGAUUUGUGGGUUUCAAAAUGGCUUCCAUUCUACAUUGUCAUGACAAGAGUCUUUAACAGUUCACGCCAUCUGAUUUGUGCUCAUGUGGAGGACUCUCUUUUUAGUGAUACUAAAAAUUGGGCAAAUUCUGUUGGAGAAGAGGACAUCUGAUUCAAUGGGGAUAUAUCAAAAUAAAUGAUAUAGCUUUUCUCUCACUGGAAAAUCUAAUUAAAAACCUGUAUUAAUAAAUUAUUUAAUUUUAUAAAUUCAGUAGGAAUUUUCUUCGCUUACACUCUUCAACUUGCCUCCCAACAAAGACGCCAGCCAAGAAGAGUCUGUCUCUUGUUUCACUACUGAACUUUGGACCAUGCACUUGCAGAGACCGGUGUUGGAGAAAUCCAGGGCACUGGAGGGCAGUCAUCGCCACCGUCAUUGAGAGUAGCUCAGGAAUUGAAUGAGUACGCCCAUGAUAUAUCCAAUGCCUCAUCUUUUUCUUAAUAGGCCGUUGCUUAAAUUUCUUUGACACAGUGGAUGUAAUGAGGCGAUGAGAGUACAAAUGGAGCUCCAAAGGAGGCUGCAUGAGCAUCUGGAGGUCACCUUCUUGACCCACAUACACAAAGAUCUUGAGAAACAUUCUCCUAUUGCAUUACUAAUUUGACUUUCUGCACUCUUGCCUUCUGGAAAUGAAAAUUUUAAAUAGGAUAUGACCUAGAACAGUGACCUCUUUUUCUACACCAGAACAGAAGUGCAACCUUAAAAAUAAUCAGAACGGUGUCAGAAUACUCACAAAGUGAAGGUGAGAAUGAUCCAUGCAUUUCAAAUGCAUUAGCUAACUCCAUUCAUAGCUAAUUACUUUUGAGUUAAAUUCCUACUUACUCUUAUAAUUAGCUGAAAAUUUCAGUUCUUUCGCUAAAUAAAACCUUAAAAAUCAGCUUGCACAUGACAUGAUGUAUUGGGUUAGCCCCACUUUGAAGAAAUCACAUCAAUCUCAUCAUUUAAAUGCAUCAGCAUCCCCACCCAUAGUUGACUGACACAAACUGUUGCAAAACCUAGGAACAGGGAGAAUGAUCUCUGUCACAGAGGACAGAGGGGAGAAUGGCAGUCAACCGCCUCUCGAGAUUCCUUCACCUCUAACACCCCUUAUAUAGGGAGGAACCCUAGAUAACUGUCCCAAAAUACCUUCAGUCUUUUACAAUAUCUUCCUACGACCUAGAACUUCCUACACAGACCAAUGCUCCUUCAGAUGUCAUCAUUUGGUUAGACUGAACCUCGAACUAGCCAGUUAAUUCUCUAUCAAAAUGCUGCCUUUUCAAAUGCUGCCUUCGGGCAAUUCAUUCAUUCAUCACGUUGUGUUUUGCUCUUCUCCUAGCAGGUUCAGCAUCAUCUUCAGCUAAGGAUUGAGGCACAGGGAAGAUACCUCAACUCCAUACUAGAAAAAGCCUGCAAUGCUCUGACAGAGCCAGCCAUCUCAGGGAUCCACUUGGAAGGGACUAGGCAGAAUCUCUCUGAACUAGCCAUCGCUGACCCUGAAGAACGCCCGAGCUUCCCCCACGAACCCCUCAACUGCGGCUCCUGGUCGGAAAUCGCCCUUCAAACUCUGAAAAACAGAUCAGCGACCAGGACGAUCCGACCCACCGAGUGCUCCAUUGACAGUUGCUUGACGUCGGUAGAGAGCCCACGAAGAGCGGCGAUUUUGGCUGCCCAAGCCUCCACAAGAGGGAGAUCAAGGCCACUCUUCGGAAACUGUAAACCCGGUAUGAAGAAUCUGUGA